GAUUCAGUAAAAGCUUCGCCCCUUCGCACUACAAGGUGAACUCCCCACCCACCCCCUAAAGUUGCCUUCCUAGCCAGUACUGAAACUUUGAGCAAUGAAGGAGGUCUUCAUUGCUCUUGGAGGCGCCCUUUUGGGUGGCCUCCUUGCUGGCAAGCUCGGCAAAAAGAAGAAUUCUGAUGCCUCUGCCGCGAAGAAGGAUGCUGCUUCGGCUCCCAAGGGCUACACUUACCAGUGGCCGCGGCCGGCGAUGACCGUGGACGCAAUUAUUGUGUCGCAGCCGACGCCUGCCAGCCCCGCACAGCUACUGCUCAUCCGCCGCAAGUUUGACCCCUUCAAGGACUCGUGGGCGCUGCCAGGUGGCUUUGUUGACGCCGGUGAGGGCCUGGACGUGGCGGCCGCUCGUGAGCUGCAGGAGGAGACGUCGGUGGACCCCGCGUCCGUGUCCAUGACCCAGGUUGGCGCCUUUGCUGACCCUGGCCGCGACCCCCGCGGCUGGACCGUGACGGUGGCUUACGCUGCGCUGGUGCCCUCGACCGAGCUGGGAGUAAAGGCGGCGGACGACGCCAAGGACGCGCGCUGGUUCGACGUGUCGGCGCUGCCGCAGCUGGCCUUCGACCACAAGCUGGUGGUGCGCAGCUCGCUACGGCACCUGGCCAAGCAGCCGGCGGCGCAGGCCAUCGACGGUCUUCCUACACUGCUGCGCUCUGCUGCUGCCAAGCUGGACGGCCCCUGGAAGGCGGACAACAAGUAGGCGGGUGGCAACGAGGAGCCGCGACGGCGCGCAGCACCAUGGCACAUGCGGGCUGACGUGCCAGAAGGCGAAGCGAUCAGCGGGAGACGGUAGCGUCUCAAUAUCGUAUGCCAUGUGCGGUAUUCUGCGUGCAUGUUCGCUUUGACGGGCGCGCGUGUUUGUGGCGACGUAUGACUGGGAGUGGCGGCCCUGGGCGUGGCGUGCGAGCGCGGCGUGCGUGCGAAGUUCAACGGGUGUGUGCGCGGGAUGGGGCGAGGUCGAUCGGUAGUAGUAAGAGCGCUGGCCUAGCGGUGUACAUUAAUAUUCAUACGUAGCGUUGAUCGCGUCAUCAGACGUAUACAUGCGCCUUAAGCCAGCGGAGUGUUCAUCAACUUCCGGCGUUGGUUUAGCCUAUGAGGGCACAACCGAGCGAUCUGGGACUAAUCUAAAUCAUGAUGAACG